AUGACAGACUUCACCCUUGGACUAGGGUCUUCGCUUGGCGAGGACGAGUUGAAUCAGAGCCAAAUAUCGCCCGACGUCCUCUACACCUCAAGCCCAUUGCGAACGGUACCGUCCGAUAAGCAGCGCCUUUCCAUGACCUGGUCACAGCUGCUUUUGAGGUACCCCUCGAACAUUUACCUCGAUGUGCAUCACUUGAUCCAUCAGGCGACCUACGAUGCUGUUCUAUGGGUCUUGUUGGAGCUGGAGGGAAGCGCCGACCGGGCGUCUGUCAUACCAGAUGCCACGGACGGAGAGCGCAGAGAAGAGGAUUUCAUGGAAUUGGCAGCUCAACACUGGUGUCUGACAUCGCCCACAUCCCGUAUGCAAUCGAGGUUCAUGCCUGAACUUGAUCAUAUGCUACGCCAUAGGUCAAGCGAAAGAGUUGCCGUGCCUCCGUCCCAGCUCUUUGCAACUCUCGAGGGUUGGUGAGUUGCUCUCAUUUUGUGCGCCGGCCACGUCGAUGCUGACCCUUGAUCUGUCCCUGCAGCGUUGCGGUCGAUGUCCGUAGCUUAGCCCAAGAGUUCGGUAGCCAUUUUGCAGCGUGGGUAAAGUGUGCUUAAGUCCACAGUGCUUUGAAAGACAGCUGACCAAUCGCACACGUCUUCUCUGUUCAGUCUGCCGCAGAGGCUUUUCGAAGACUUCAUCCGGCUCAAGCACCGCACGGAGCAGCCUGGCAAGACUCCAGCGCCAUCGAGAGAACGAGGGCGUUCUAGUGCCGGCCAUGAAAGGUCGAGCUCCAUUAUUCACCUGCGCCGGUGGGGUCCAUCUGCACCUGGUGGCUCAGAUGCGGACGAGUACUGCUCCCGAGACUCCGAGCCCGAGCAAUCAUCAGCCGGUGAAUUCUACGAUGGCAGCUCAUCUGUCAGGUCGAUCAACUCUUCUUUGAGACGGUACCGGCGACAUAAUUGCUUGCGCAGGAUCUACGCGCACCCAUCGGACCUCGAGCGAAGUCCGCACAUCACCGCCUCGCAAGCGUCUCCUACUUGGUCACGCACAUCCCACGCACCGGUCCGAGCAGGAAAGAUGGUCCCCACGACAGCUGCUACCGGGCCUGCCAGUCAGGCGCCUUCGUGGUAUGGUUGGGACAACAUAGGCGACACUCUCGUCACUCUGGACCCAAGCCUGACGAGCGUCAGCACCAUGAGUCAGUUCUUGGGCCCGGCCGUCCAGCGAACCGACUCGCCGAGACCCUCGCAAAUAUCUUCACGCCCGGAGCGUCUUCAGCACAUGCCGCGAAUGCUAUCCGAGAGACCAAACUGCUUCUCGAGUAACGAAGGAAGCAGCUCCACAUCAACUGUCACCGUUGGGCUGCCUCUUACGCCCGAUCAAAACGCCUUGCCUUGGCCAAGCUUGCUUGGGGGCGACGAAAUGGCCCUUGAUGUUGCGGAGAAUUAUCGCAUACAUCGCACAUCCUUGUGGCCUUCUCUUGACACCCAAACAGGUGCGCCCUACAAGGGCCCGGCUGGAUUGCCACGGUCUUCACAUCAGCAACUCGGCGACAGAACAAUGUCUGCGCAUUCCGAUUCAAAUGACUCGGUCGACGCCAGUGGCGCUGCUUCUGAUGCUUACAGCGCAGUGUCUGAGCCAGCAGUCCAUAGCUCGUCCAUGGAUGGAGCGGUCUUCGCUGACAGGCCCACGUCCAGCGCUUUCUGUACUUCGGCUGUGCGGUCUACACCGGCACGGUUCUCCAUUCUUCCGCCUCGGCCAAGCUCGUUUCUGCGACCUCCUCCUCCCACCCUUGGCCAAGCAUCUGGCUCGACCGAGACGCGAUCCCGCGCAAAGCAUCAGUAUUCGUGGUCCUCUGUCUCGUCGCAAGACCGAUGCGACGAGUCCUUCUCGCUGUACGGUACAGCUCGUCAAGGAGCAGCACCAAAAGGGCCAGCGCUUCGUAGAGCGCCUAGGACGCAAGGCUCGCUGGAGCCUAUACUGGUCCCGAUGUCUCAAGCAAGCUUGCCAACUUCGACCGCAACGAGCUUCGGAGCACAUUACGGGGCGGUGUUUGGCGCUGUGUGGGGCGGUAGUGGUAAUCUGUUCGACGGUCAGCAUACGCCAACUGAUGGGUGUAGGGCUGCUGCAAGAAACGAGUUUGGAAGCCCUAAUCUCGACGUUUACUUGGCCCCUGACUACGGCCUUCCUUCGCCGUCGACCCAACAGUCGCCAGCGCUCAUGAGCUCGGAACCACAGUCUCCAGAGCUUGGGUACCAACAAACUUGGCAUCAGAAGUGUCAUCAGUCCAAGCGCGACGAGACGAGCGCAAUUGGAUUAGGUCUACAUCUCAAUGAGGCUCUCAAUGUCGAUUCUUAUGCUCAGCGAAGCUUUCAACUCAGGCGUCACACCGUAUCUGGAACCCGAUCUUCCAAACGCAUUGCGGGCGGAAUCACUGGCUCAAAAGAUAUUCCUGAGAGCACUUGUACUCGCCGUGCUCCUCUUCAAGCAUUCGUGACGUCUUUAGACGCCUUGACUCCAUUUGGCCACGAAGCCGAGGCAGCGCAAGAUUGGAGUGGACGUGUUCCUACCAAAAGAGUGGACAGACAGCUAGGUAUGAUACGGUCGCCCCAGGAGCAUCGUCGCGAGGCGUCAAGCCAUGUGAGAGAGCGCGCAAGACAUGAAGCGGAUGUGACUCUCUCCUUUCAAAGCAAUGGCAAUGGUAUCUCAGAGGCAGCAACACCCCAGAAUGCUAGCUCUCAGUGCGACGGCACCUUCGUGUCUCAGUUGGGUGGCAAAACAUUUCUCGACUAUUGGCCGACAGAUGUGAUAGGGUCGCCAACAAGCGACGCUCAGAGUCGAUGCGAGAGCGUUCCACAAUCCUCUACGCCGCCGCGACCCGCAUUGAUUUUUAGCCAACGUAACUCUUCUGCAAGCAGCUUUUUAACAGCCCAGACCCGCUCCUCAGGCGAAGAUCCGCGCUCUCCGUCGCGCGUGCACACCGCGCGAAGUCAUAUGUGCAUCAAGUCAGCGAACAUCUUCGGAGUCGUCCGCAGUGCCGAAGGCGCAACCGCUGAGACUUUGCGUCGCGAGAUGAACAGCGUCCCUGCUGAGGACGAACAGCAAGCUUCGACGCUAAUGCCUGCGCUGGCCCCAUCCGACAAGCGGCCUUCCCUCGUGAGACCAAAGCAGUACGGACGACCCUCGAGCGGCUCUAGCCAGAACAUGAUGCUUUCGGUCUUGGAUCACGCCAAACGUAUGACCAACAGCGCAACCACAAGCGCAUCGCGCACCACGCAAGCCAGCACUGGCUUUUUUCAAACUUUGCACAAGAGACUUGGCAGCAAUGCGGAACGCGCACAGACUGCUGCUACGGCUUUGAACUUGCCGGAAAGCAAUGUCGAUCCAUGGCGAUCUCUAGCAACGACUGCCACCACGCCAAACCUUUCCGACUAUGGCUGGGACUCUGCCCAAGCUACACCUUACAGAGAGCCAGCUUCGGCAUUGGAGCCCGCUUUGCCUAGCCCUAGCCCCGCGCAGGUGGCCAUUGCCUCUUUGCUUGCCAAAGCACGCACCUCAACCACUUCUCCGCCUGUUUGA